AUGAAAGCCAUGGUGUGGAACUGUAGAGGACUGGGUGGGCCCUUUACAGUUUACCAGAUAAAGGAUUCUAGAAGAAUCCACCACCCAAAUAUUGUUUUUUUAUCUGAAACUAAGAAGCCUAUGAAGUUUGCUAAAACUGUGUGUAGAAAGCUUGGCUAUCAAGAUAGAUGGCAUUUAGAGAGUCCAAAUGGCACUAGAGGUGGGUUAUUGCUGCUGUGGGAUAAUCUCAUUGAGAUCAAACAAAUUGUAGGUAAUGAAUUCUUUCUUCAAGUGGAGUUAAAAGGGGUUGGGAUAUCUGACUGGGGAUGGUUCAUCUUUGCUUACCUGAUUACUGAUAGAAGAGAAAGGAGAAGGCAAUGGGAAUUCCUUGAAGACAGUAAAGGGAAGUGGGGAAACAGCUAG